AUGGCGUACUGGGCUACGCAUUUCCAUAGGAGUGAUGGUGAUGAGGCCUCCCUCAAACACAUGCAAAGCAUGCGGAAUGACAUUAUCGAGAUGCAAUCGGUUGUGGGGAACGAAGACACCGAAAACACCUUGGUUCAUGAUGUGGAGAAACUGAAAGAGGAGAAAGCCGAUGAGAGCAAAGUGGAAGAUGUGGAAAACAGAUCUACGCGCUACACAGAUCAAGCCAUAGCAACUGAUGAGCUGCACGUUAGAACAGACGGAUCCGUGUCCAUGGAUGCUAACCUCGACAUGAACGAACAUUCAAUCUGUAAUUUGGCGUACGACGAUAGCUCUUUGACAUGUGCUGUCCCUGCCGGUUGGGUCAAGAAUGAAAUCCGUCAAUCCUCAUCGAGAUUGCAACACGACAUCGACGCUGUGCGCAAGAUGAAAGGUCCUCGUGGUGAUCGGGGAUUGGGAUGGCUUAGUGGAGGUGGCAUGCCGCUGAACUCUGUAGGGAGAAAUGGUGACUUCUACCUCGAUGCAGCCACGCUGAUCGUGUACAAGAAAAUCAGCUCGAAAUGGAUGGCUUUCGGUCGGCUUCGUGGACCAAGAGGUGAAGCUGGUCCACGUGGGGAACGUGGAUUGAUCGGUCCUGAAGGUGAGACUGGACCUAGAGGAGGCGAUGGACAAGGUGGUGAACGCGGUCAAAAAGGCGAUCAAGGAAUACCUGGUCCAGAAGGUCCCAGAGGUAAAGUUGGACCACGUGGAGAACGUGGAUUAUUUGGUCCUGAAGGUGAGAUUGGGCCUAGAGGAGAAGAUGGACAAGACGGCUCACAAGGUGAACGUGGUGUUCAAGGUGAUCAAGGAACCACAGGUCCCGUCGGUCCCCAAGGAACCAUCGGUGCAACCGGUCCUCCAGGAAACAGAGGUCCCGUGGGCCCCCAAGGAAUCGUCGGCCCCAUAGGUCCUCCAGGAGCCAGAGGUCCCGUGGGUCCGCAAUCAAAUCAGAACCUAUCCGAUCCGUUUCAUCUACUACCUCUCAUUCGGAGAAACGUCUACCUCUACAUAUACUCUCAUCCUAGCAGAUUUGAAUCCGUCACCAGGGUGCUGAAGGACAAAAGCAGGAUCACUCGUAUCAUCAAGGAUAUCCUGAGCGGACGCUCCAUGUGA